CAAUAUCCGAAACCACUCGGCUUCGAGAUGCCGUACACGCCUAGUUCAGGCAAGGUUGGUGGGCACCGGAGGGCCGUAUCUCUCUAUACCUCUGGAUGUCUUGACGAACCCAAGAACAAAUGUAGCAUAUUAACAAACAUCUUGCGUGGGGUGCGAGCGCCGUUCUCGCCCAAACACUGCCUUUACAGAAUCCGUCCCGUGUCAACAUGCCAGUCACCCACUUUGCGACGCCCGAUCCAUACGCGUAUCACAAUGGCUUCUGCUGCCAUCACGAGUCCGAGGCACUGCAGGGAGCCCUACCACUCGCUCAGAAUUCGCCACAAAAACCUCCCUACGGACUCUACGCUGAGAAGCUGUCGGGCACUGCAUUCACAGCACCCCGAAAGGAGAACCAACAGUCCUGGAUGUAUCGCAUCUUACCGUCAGCUGUGCACCGCGCAUGGGAACCGGUGCCAACCCAGGAGUAUGACGCUACAAGCCUGAGCGGCGCCGAUGUACAACAGAUUCCGAAUCAGCUACGCUGGGACCCCUUCGACUUCGAUGAUGCAGUGGAUUGGCUGGGUGGGCUUCAUCUAGUCGCCGAAGCUGGAGAUCCAGUGAUGAAGACUGGCCUGGCGAUCUACGUCUUUGCGGCAGGUCAGAGUAUGAAGGCGAACGAGGCGUUCUACUCAGCCGACGGCGAUAUGCUUGUAGUUCUUCAGCAUGGUGUACUCGACCUGACCACAGAGUUCGGACGCAUCGCGCUUAGAGCCAAUGAAAUCGCCGUAAUCCCACGUGGUAUCAGAUACCGCGUAGACAUGCCAAACGGUUCUGCCCGAGGGUACAUCUGCGAGCUCUAUCAGGGCCACUAUCAACUACCCGAGUUAGGGCCGAUUGGCAGUAAUGGUUUAGCUAACGUGCGUGACUUCCAAGUUCCGCGAGCCUUCUACGAGGAGGAUUUCAAUACCUGGACGCUCGUUUCCAAGUUCAACAAGGUGCUGUACCGGACGAGUCAAGACCACACGCCGUUUGACGUUGUGGCUUGGCAUGGUACCUACUACCCUUACAAAUAUGACUUGGGUCGCUUUAACACCAUCGGCUCCAUCUCCUAUGACCAUCCAGACCCCAGCAUCUUCACAGUCUUAACCGGACCAAGCUAUCAAGAAGGGACCGCGAUCGCCGACUUCGUCAUCUUUCCGCCCCGCUGGCUGGUGCAGGAGGACACCUUCCGACCGCCCUGGUACCACCGCAACACCAUGUCUGAGUUCAUGGGUUUGAUCGCAGGGGAUUACGAUGCCAAAGCCGGAGGGCCGGGCGGCUUUCGCCCCGCAGGUGCUAGUCUCCACAACAUCAUGAGCGGCCAUGGUCCGGAUGCGGUAACGCAUCGUGCAGCAACGUGUACCGACCUCAAGCCACAGAAGGUGGGAAGUGGGUCGAUGGCGUUCAUGUUCGAGAGCUGCCUGAUGGUAGGAGUGACUGCGUGGGGAUUACAACACUGUCAGAAGGUGCAACCGAAGUACAAUGAGGAGAGCUGGGAGCCGUUGGUGUCUCACUUCGACAAGUCGAACGUGGGAGCAGGUGCGGCGAACCAGAAUGGUCAUUGAACCCUUCGAGCAAGAUACUGUAACCAGCUUGCAUUAUCUCAGCGUACGUAGGUGCGGCACAGGAUGUGGUGGUCCUUCAAUUCUGCACUGUCGGUAAAGUCGCGCUACGUAGAGAGACAAGGACGGCUGAAAGCAAUUCUAA